AUGCAAAGAAACACACACAGGACCAAUAAGUCUUUGCUGCGUGAGAUCAACAUGAUGCAAGAAGCAAGCAGCCCGCAUGUUAUUCGUGUCCGAGGGGUCUUCAAGGGUCAACCCCCCAAAUCUGGUUGGGCAACACAGCUUGGUGUGGUCAUGGAGCUCAUGGAGAGAGGAUCACUGGCCUCCCUACAGGAAGCCUUGAUAAGACCUCCACCCUGGCCGCUGGUCUUCAGACUGGCUCACCAAGUGGCUCUGGGUAUAAACUUUCUCCACAGUCUGCCCCGUCCCGUUCUCCACCUGGACCUGAAGCCCCAAAACGUGCUUCUGGACGACGCUCUCAAUGCCAAGCUUACAGAUUUUGGCCUUUCCCGGAUUUCCUGCAGCGUCGCACAGGUUUCCAAGAAGGAUGAUGAAGAUUCAGGAGGGACAGUCAGCUACAUGCCCCCGGAAGCGUUUGGCGAAACAUACAAACCUAAACGAGCCUCUGAUAUCUACAGUUAUGGGAUACUCAUUUGGUCCAUUCUCACAGGGAAACAACCAUAUGAGAGUAAGAGACUGAUGUGUCUUUAGCCGCCCUAACUAUAAAUGCUCAAU